AUGCGGCUCUUCGUCCGUGAUGUCGUUGGGCAGACGCUCUCCUUGCAGGUGGAGGGACAGGACACGGUGGAGCAAGUGAAGGGACAAAUCUGCGAGUUGCAGGGCCUGCCAGUGGACGAGCAGAAGCUGAUUUUUGCUGGACGCACUCUGGACUCUGCUGAGAGGCGACCAUGUGUUGAAACCUCCCAGCUUUCCGGGGACAACGAUUUCUGA